CUCUGGAGGAUGUGGGGAGGGUCGCCUCGAUGAUGUUCCCGAGCGACCCGCCUCUGCAGCCCCACUCUCUUCCCCGGGGGGACGCCAUCCCCCUGCAGUCAAGGGAGCUCCUUUGCAUUCCUGCAAACAGCUCCCCCCUCUCGGUGCAUGAGAAUGGUCCAGUCCACAUUCGCGGGGGCGCCAGGCACGCGCUCUGCAGCUGCUCCCGGGCUCAGUUUCCCUCUUGCAACUCCUGUUUUGCAGAGCAGACCAUGUUGCUGCUGCCUCGCUUGCAGAGAGCCUUGCCCAGGGUGGGGCUGCGAUGGCAGCACCGGGCCGCCAUCGAGGUGGCCAACGAGCCCGUCUUGGAGUUCAAGGCUGGCAGUCCCGAGCGAGCCGCUCUCCAGAAGGCUCUGAACGACCUGAAGGGCAAGACCGAAGCUAUCCCGUGUGUCGUUGGGGGCGAGGAGGUGUGGACGGCUGAUGUGCAGUAUCAAGUGUCGCCUUUUAACCAUUCUCACAAAGUGGCCAAAUACUGUUAUGCUGAUAAGGACUUGCUGAACAAGGCCAUCAACGCGGCCAUGGCCGCCCGGACGGAGUGGGAUUUACGCCCCGUCCAGGACCGUGCGGAGAUCUUUUUCAAAGCGGCAGACUUGCUGAGCGGGCCCCGGAGAGCAGAAAUCUUGGCCAAGACCAUGAUUGGACAGGCAAAAACGGUCAUCCAGGCAGAGAUCGACGCGGCCGCGGAGCUGAUCGACUUCUUCCGGUUCAACGCCAAAUACGCCGUGGGGUUGGAGGACCAGCAGCCUCUCAGCGUGCCUCCCAGCACCAACAGCAUGGUUUAUCGGGGGCUAGAGGGUUUCGUCGCUGCCGUCUCCCCCUUCAACUUCACCGCCAUCGGAGGCAACCUGGCGGGAGCUCCGGCUUUGAUGGGGAACGUGGUUCUCUGGAAACCCAGCGACACAGCACUCCUGUCCAGUUACGCCGUCUACAAGAUCCUCCUGGAAGCCGGGCUGCCUCCCAACGUCGUUCAGUUUGUUCCGGCCAGCGGGCCCGUUUUUGGAGACACGGUGACGGCCUCAGAGCACUUCUGCGGACUGAAUUUCACCGGGAGUGUGCCGACCUUCAAACGCCUCUGGAAGCAGGUCUCUGAAAACCUCGAUCGGUACCGCACCUUCCCGCGGAUGGCUGGAGAGUGCGGCGGGAAGAACUUCCACUUCGUCCACGCCUCGGCCGACGUGCCCAGCGUGGUGAGCGGGACGCUGCGCUCGGCCUUCGAGUUCGGGGGCCAGAAGUGCUCCGCCUGCUCCCGCCUCUACGCCCCCGACGCGCUGUGGCCCCGCAUCAAAGCCGGCCUGCUGGAGGAGCUCCGGAAGAUCAAAGUGGGCGACCCGGUGGAGGAUUUUGAGACGUUCUUUUCUGCAGUGAUCGACGACAAGUCUUUCGGGCGCAUCAAGAAGUGGAUCAAACACGCGGAGACGUCGCCGAACCUCAGCAUCCUUGCUGGGGGGAAGUGUGAUGAUAAGACGGGCUAUUUUGUCCAACCCUGCAUCAUAGAGACGAAAGACCCCAAAGAUCCCAUCAUGCAAGAGGAGAUUUUUGGCCCGGUCCUGACGGUGUAUGUCUACCCGGAGAAGCAGUACAAAGACAUCCUCCAACUGAUAGACCACACUUCCCCGUACGGGCUCACGGGGGCAGUGUUCGCCCAGGAUAAAGCGGUCAUUGCCGAGGCGACCCAGGUGCUCAGGAAUGCGGCGGGCAAUUUCUACAUCAACGAUAAGUCCACCGGCUCGGUCGUGGCCCAGCAGCCGUUCGGCGGUUCCCGGGCCUCGGGAACCAACGACAAACCCGGGAGUCCACACUACAUCUUACGCUGGACGUCUCCUCAGGCGAUCAAAGAGACCCACGUGCCCUUGGGGGACUGGAAAUACCCCUACAUGCAGUGAAGCAACUCAGCAGUGCCUUUGACGUUGGGGCCGUGGCUGUACUACUGACGCACAAACUCGCCACUCUCCAGAGCAAUGUCUCGCAAUGCACUCAAGUAUUUAGGAAUUGGUUUUCUUCCCCGCAGUGGGAACUAGGAUCCCGUUUUCCCCAUUUUGCAGGUGGAGUCGGGUGAGUGGGUUGUCUGAACUAAUUGUAAUGUUUGCCUUGGAUUUUUUUUUUUUAAACAACCCCAAUAACAAUUUUCCAUCUUGCCCGCCUGCCAGAUUUUUAUACCGUCCGUCAAAGAAGCUCCAAUGACGUUCAUGGACCUGCCUUCCUAAAACAUCACACCCUUCUUUUUCCCAUCCCAAAUAGCACCCUCCCACUUGGAGGGGAAACAUUAAUUUCUCUGUCCGCCACAUGCAGCAAAGUUUGGUUCCUAGAGAGGCAUCUUCUUGCUGUGCAAGCCGGAACUGACUCGGCCAUCUUGGAGUAGAGAAAACGGAUCGUGAGCGCAAAGAACCGCAGGAGACUCAAAAGCAUUUCAAGCAGGACCUGGGUCAACGUGUAACUACAAAAUGCAUGUUCUCCUGACCCUCCUCUUCUGAGCCCUGGGGAAUUGUGGGUAGGAUAGUUUUCGAAUCCCUGCUCUUUCCCUAUUGGCCAAUGUAGGACCCGCCUUUCCGAUGCUGGACAACGGAGGUCUCGUUUUUAAAGAUGCAUCCACUGCAGAUUUGAACGUUCAGGAAGGAGCAGGUGAGGUUUUAAAGAACAUCUCUCGGAGGGACAGGAACUGACAGAGAGAGACACAAAAACCAGGAAAAAGGCAUGUAGUGGAAAUGCAAAACCAAGCAAUUGAGCCAAGAUCUGUUAGCCACUAACUUGCAGCUUAGAGAAGAGAGAUCUUUACAUGCUCAUAGGGUCUGAUAGAGGCAUAUAACGCAUAACAGGGUGUUAAUUCCUACGGGAAGAGAUGGUAAGAGGAGAUCUUCAGAGCAGAGAGAGAGAGAGAGAGACUGUGGCGUGUCGUAGCCCAUGUGAGAAAGAUUGAGCCUGUUUGGGUCCAGUGUCCAAAGCGUUUGCUCUCUCCGGUCCCAUGCUCAUGAACGUCAGAGGCAAAAAUGAUCUUGGGUCCUGGCUGCUAGUGGGGAGAUUGUGCCCUUGAAAGUGUUACUGUACAGAAAAGAAGAAAAAAUAUAUAUAGAGAAAAUUAUCACAUCAAGGAGAAGGGCUGAAGCGAAGCCUUCUCUGUGAUAGGUUAGAUUUCCGCAGCCUGGAAUUUCUUCAAGGGGGAAGUGUUUUGCAUUCAGUGGGGCUCCACCUUUGCUCUGAAGCGCUCAGACUCUUAAAAUGUAAUAGGUUUCUUAUUAAAUUUAAUAGGAAACCUAUUAAUUUAGUAGAACAGAUUAACUGGUAAUGUGUUCUCCUGGUAAAUUAAUGGGUUUCCUAUUCAAUCAGCGUCAGCUGUUUACAGAGUUCUUCACUCAUGGAGUAGCUUCUGUGGGUCCACCAGCUGUUCCCCCCUGAAGGUGUCCUUGAGAAGACACCCCCUCCCCAAGAAUCACUUUCAUUCAUAUAUAUCGACAGCCUGCCCCCGCGAUCUGAAUGCUGCUAUAUCUUUGCCAAAUGUUCUUGAAUACUACUGCUUUUGUUACGAAUUUUUGGGACAGAAAGGGGUCUCACCUGGCUGCCCCAUAACUGUGGGUCAAAUGAGGUGUGCAAGCUCUGUGUUUGGAACUCCCACACCUGCAGGGAGAGGUGGGGAUGGAUCGGGGCUGCAGAGGGAGGGGUGCCUAACUGAUUUCCCCCCUGUGCUGUGGUUCCAAUCAACACCCUCCCCACACACACAUUUGCCGUAGACAGGAGAACAAAACAAAUUUUCACCCCUUGCGGCUAAUAGCAGGGGGCAAUUUAAGUUGGGGAAUUAGAUGGGGGCGAAUGGAUAAGACCUCUCCUCCUUUUCCCCAGCCCCCUUUCAAAUGGCCCGACUCCCACAGUUUCUUGGUUGCUUUCAGUUUGGCCCUGGGGGUUAAACCAAAAGUCUCAACACUGAAUUUAUUCCAAGUGCGAAUGGGUGGCUGGGAACUUUCCCCCUUGGCUUCUUCGUGAUCCCCCAGCUCCACAAGAGGGCACCGUGGCCUGGACACGGGAUAAACGUGGACUUGAUCUCUGCAAUGCCGGGUUUUGUUGACGUGGACUCCAGAUGUUGCUAUUUGGCCGCCUUACUAGGAGGAUGUUGGAUGGCUAGACAGAGGGGGAUACUGUUGUAGUGGGCAGGAAUUGCAGCUUGUUAGAUGAUGAUUGCUAAUAAAAGAGUCUUUUUAAAAUCC